AUGCCGAAACAGUUGUCCUGUCCUGGCAUGGACCACCUACCUACACCCUACCAUCUUUUCACACUCUCGCCCUUUAACAACUUGCCAGUUUAUCGUGGCGCCAUCACACCUGCUGUUUGUCUUGCCUCCCCUUCAUCUCGAUUUGCUUAUCCGACUCGGACCUCCUAUCUGGAUCUCCCUCAUGGGUCCGUAGAUCGAUUUCUUAUCUUUCUGGUUGACCGAUUUCACUGGGUUCCGGUCACAGUGUACGUUUUACUCCAACCUCUAUUUUUUAAGCCAUCAGCACCACUUACAAAGUGGCCUCGCCUGCAGAACGAAUAG